UGUGUGUGUGUGUGUGUGUGUGCAUUGGGAGUGGGAGGAGUGGAGGAGGAUGAGUUGAAUUGAGAGGGAGAGCCCUUUGAGUUGAGUGGAACCGUGAGUGUAAUGCGACCAACAAACUUCGUCUAUCCUUUGGUGUCUUUCAGACGGCUGGUGGAUGAUGUCUGUACGUGGGGUUUUUCAUGUGCCACAUCCAAACCAACCAUGUGUUUUGUCCUGUCUCGUGAGUAUGAUGACGUCAGUUGAUUUUUUUUGGUUGUUUUGUGCGCCCUUGUCUUCCCCCCAUGUGUUUCUGGUGUUGUUCAUUUUGGCAAUUGCGUGUUGGGCAGCUGCUGCCUCUUGUGCACAAGCACACGGUUGCUUCUCCUCCAGGCGGGGCAAGCCACGACCGUGUUCGGUGGUGGCUUCCUUGCGUGUGGUCGGAGGGGCAACACGGAUGGCAAGUGCAUGGGCGGUCGUGAGCAACCAACACACAUUUUUCUGACAAACCAAACCACAACAACUCCCUCCACGUGUUUUCUGUUUGUUUUCUGUCUUCUUCAUUUUCAUUGUUGUGACUUGUGAACCAUGAAUGAAACGACGCAAUCACAA